CCGCUUGGUGGCGCCACCAUCAAAACAAACUUUUCCCGCGAAAAAGACUGAUCGAGCGCUGAGUCUUGCCAAGUUUACUCUGAAAUAUUUCACAAAUCAUACAGUUUUGCAUGGAAAGGAGAUACAUUUGUCGCAGUUAAGAUGGUCCAGUUAGUAGUGAAAGCUGCCAGCCCAGAAAGUGGCAUUCCAGAAUGGAUGUUGAUAGAGAUGCAAGGACAGUUGGAAUGCUCUGGCAAUGAACAACUUGCAGGAAACUUUAUUGGGGACCUCCACUUCAACAAGAAGGGCCUACCGAUCAUGAUUAUUGGGCAUCACAUUUUGUAUGGCAAGGUGUCUUCCCUGGACAAACCUUACAUCGUUCUUAUAAAAAACACCAAGCCCACACCAAAGGACACUGAACAUGACAACUCACCUGUAUCUAUGGAAACUGACCAAGAUGAAGAUGUGGUUACCAAAGCAACUGUGGCACAAGAGGAGGAAGGGGGGAAGACAGAUGUUCAUUAUAAAGUGUCUGCCGCCAUCAAACGGAAAAUUGUUUUCAGGACUCGACCAAAACCUAUUAUCACCUAUGUUCCAAAGAAGGGUCAUUAAGACUGUUGUUUAAAUUUGACUGUAUUCGGUUUUGGAGACUUUUCGCUAAGACUGUUCCAAUCUUUGGAAUCCGAGAAUCAUUUCCUUGUAUAGUUGUUAAUUGAUUCUAGGCUUUUCCUUAGUAUUAAGAAGAUGGAUGAAUUCAUGUUAGCCUGAGUUAAAACUAAAUAUCACGCAGUUUUGGAAAUAUAAACAGUGUUGGAGUCCUCGUACUCAUGUACGAGGACUUCAACAAGAAGAACUUGUUGACAUUAGGACGUGAUGGAUGGGUUUUGUCUUGUGUUGGAGUCCUCGUACUCAUGUACGAGGACUUCAACAAGAAGAACUUGUUGACAUUAGGACAUGAUGGAUGGGUUUUGUCUUGUGUUGGAGUCCUCGUACUCAUGUACGAGGGAUCCAACAUUGGAAUAAAAUAGCUGCAGCAAAGUUUUCAGAUAACAUUCAUGUCAUUCACUGGAUCACCGAGUGAUUUAAAAGUGUGACAUCGGAAUUACUGUUACGUAGGAGUACGCUUCUUAAUGACCAGCCAUAUUUAGCACUGGCUUGUAUUUAUUAUUGUAUAGGCUUAUUAUUAUAUAUAUAGGCUGUUAACGAAAAUGAUGUUGGGUUCCACGCCGCUUGCUUUGGUGGAAAAAACUAUUCCUGCCAAUCAAACCACAAAAACUGUCAAAAGGAAUCAACUUUUCUUUUUAAUUAAAAAAUCUGCACACAGUAUUUUUUGGGGGGGGCUUCAUCUCUAACAAAGUUAUAAACCUUAAACAGUGGAAGAGGUAAUUUUAAAAUGUUUUUCCCCAAACCAAAAUCUGCGAUUUUCAUUUUUUUUUUCGUUUUCUUUUGGUAUUAUGUUGGGGGUGGGAGUUAUUGUUUCAUUUUUUUCUGGAGAAGGCGAGGCGCCCCCUUUAAUCCCCCGCGACGCCAAUACCCCUCACUUUUAAAUCAUAUUGUAUGGGUUUUUUUUGGGGGGGGGGUUUGGGUUUUUUUUGGUGAUAUUGUGUGGUUUAUUUUGAACACAAAGAUGAAAAGAUACAAUGAAAAUCACUAGCAAAAGGUAUAUUCCGUUUUUGGAAAGAACAUUUAUUCGGAUUUGUACUUGAGUUGAUAGGAAUGCAUGGUGUGAACCGCACUCGAAAGCCUAGUACACGUUAAUAGGUUUCGGACGUCAGCGUUUUGUUAACGUUCACCAGACGGCAAAAGCUGCUUCUAUAAUUGGCCGGAUUUUUUUCCACGCUUAGUCGCUCUUGAGCGGUCAAUUUGUCACGGUCACAUCCGCGGUCAACCACGAUGAAACCAAAGCCAUACACAUCACGAGUGCCGUUCGUGCACAAUACGCUCACGGCCGAACUUUCGUGGAAUUGACCCCUCCAGAAAUUUACAUACAAUGUUGGCAGAGCAAAGAAAACAACCCGCAAUACACGUGUAAGUGUAGUGUGCGCAUAGAGCAUUACAUCUGUAUCAUUUCCAAACAGCUCGAGGAGAAAUCGGUCAACAAAACCAAUGCAAUUGAAGUGUCACAUGUCAGCGGGAAUCCGUUUCAUGGGUUCACGUGUAGAAAAAUAAUGUAUGCAUUGCGAAACUGCAGGGAAACAAUCGGAAUUUGGACUGAAACGAUCAGCUGUUUCCCUUAUCACUGCCCAGGAUGAAAGAUCAACAAGUUGCUCUGUUUGUGUUACAAGUUGGCUUUUUAAUAAACGUUGCAGACGGCAUUUGACACACUUGCAACUUGCCCA